AUGUUCUGCUCCAGGGCCGGCCUCACGGACCACAACAUCCAUGCCGACAGGUUGGAAAAGCACCAGUGUCUGCAGCAGCUGGACAGUGUGAUGUUGUUGGUGGCCGCUGAAGUGUGGGAUGGGAAUGGAGCGUUACACAGCUGUUGCGUCAUGCCGGAGCGCAUUCCACAUGUGGAAACGCGAUCGAUCACCCUUGAACCUGGACCAGAGCAGUGGCAGCAGAGAGCCAAGAUGAGUGUGACAUCCUGGUUCCUGGUGAGCAGUGGGGGCACACGUCACCGUCUGCCCCGGGAGAUGAUCUUUGUCGGACGGGACGACUGCGAACUCAUGCUACAGUCCCGCAGCGUGGACAAACAACACGCAGUCAUCAACUAUGAGCCGGGGACAGAUGAGCACAAGGUUAAAGAUCUGGGCAGUCUGAAUGGGACAUUUGUAAAUGAUGUCCGCAUUCAGGAGCAGAUGUACAUUACUCUGAAGUUGGAGGACAAGCUGAGGUUUGGCUAUGAUACCAACUUGUUCACUGUGGUUCAGGGGGAACUCACCGUGCCAGAGGAAGCACUCAAGCAUGAAAAGUUCACGAGCGGACUCCAGCUCAGCAAAAAGCCAAAUAGUGAAACCACUGCUGCAGCCACCACUGUCAAAUCUCCUGCUAAGACUCCCACGAAGGCACUUAAGUCUCCCAGUAGCAGCACCCAGAGGCCACUUGAUGGGGCCACUUCCUCUAAAGAGUCAUCAGUAAAACCAGCAGACACUCAGAAACCAGAGGACAAGAUAGGAGGGGAUCUGGCCACCUUGCAUCGUGGGACACCGCUGUAUGGACAACCUUCAUGGUGGGGGGACGGAGAUGCAGACGACGAAAACUCAUUCAAACAGGAAACAAAAUCCUGCAGCAAACAACACGACGACACACUUUCAGACUGCAAAGAAGCGCCACAAAAGGAGAGGACUAAAGAGGACAGUCUACAUGCAUCCAGUCUCUUUGAUAUUCCAACCAAGGAGAAUCACAUGGCCAAUAACGGCAUCCAUGAAAUUCCCACUAAGGACACAGAGGAGCAAACUGCAGCUCAAGGCCACGCCUCCUUCACCAUAGAGUUUGACACCACUUCACCGGGGAAAGUCACCAUCAAGGACCAUGUCUCCAAGUAUACACCCGAACAUCCCCGACCACGGUCCAAAAAGAGUGGCCCAGGAAGUGGAGGGGCGAGUACAAGGGAUCUAAGCACACUACAGGCUGCAAUGAUUGCAUCUGAAAGCAAGGUGGCAGAUUGGCUGGCACAGAACGACCCCACACUCAUGCGAAGUGAAUCUACAGAGGAGGACAGCAAGAGCAUCAAGAGUGACGUUCAGGUGCAUCUAAAACGGUUGAAAGGCAGCAAACACGAGGACGGUACUCAAAGUGACUCUGAAAAUGGACUCGGCCUUCGCUUUGCCAGCCGUCGCCACGCGCUGGAGGAGCGGCUGAAAGCAGCUCACAGCCAACCGGGAGCAGGGGCAUCUGGAAGUUUAAAUGUCAGCGGGUCUCGAACAUCUGGCUCUCGCACUUCUUUUAUGAUCGAGUUAUACGAUGAGGAAAACCCACGCAAGAGACGGUCCUAUUCCUUUUCCCAGACUGCACCUCUUCUAGCAGGUGGCCCAGGUGCAGAGGGGCUCUACCCACACCCCCCCACGCAUCCAAAAGUGUUCAGCAUAUCCACCUCGGCAACAACAGCAUCAGACUCAGGCAAAGUUCCUGCUCCAAUUUCAGCUACGGUGACAGUGGGAGCUCCCAAUGCUGCUCGUGUCCUUCUCAAACAGAGGUCAGAAGAUCCAAGUAUCAAGAGUACAGCCAGCACAGGACUCGCCACAGGAAGCCCCACAAGUCCGAGCGAAGACACCUCCACCAGAGAAGCACUGACCACCGGGGCAGCCGACGAUGACCACAGCGAUAAGGGGACGUACACUAUCGAGCUAGAAAACACUAACCCAGAAGAGGAAGAGGCCAGGCGCAUGAUCGAUAAGGUGUUUGGUGUGCAGUCAGACCAGGGCUCCUCAACGCUGACCAAACCCCAGGAAGGCAAAGAAUCAACCGAAACAAUAAAACAGUCUCUAGCUGGCGACUCAAGCUGGGUCUCUCAGUGGGCUAGUCUGGCUGCCAAUCACACCAGAACUGAUCCAGAAGGUUCAGGAGCAGAGACCACAACCUUUUCGCAUAAAGAAAGAGGAGCAGAUAACACUGAGUCAGGUUCACCAUUCAGCAAACAUGACUCCUCUUCCUGUCUGAGCGACCGUAAACGCAGGACGCUUCCCCAGCUUCCUGGGGAUGACCUGUUGGGGAGAUCCAAAGCUGUGGGACAGAGGUCUGAGAUUGGAGAGAAACAGGAUAUAGAGCCCCCAGAAAAACCAAACAAAGCCCAGCACACUUCCAGCAGCUCAGAGAGGAGAAAGAGGUCUGCAGAAAGGAAAGCAGGCGGGGGUGAGGCAGCGAAGGCACUUGUACGCCAGGGAAGCUUCACUAUUGAGAAGUCCAGUGCCAGUGUGCCUGCUGAGCUCAUCCCGCGCAUAAACAGAGGUGCUAGUGGGCGAGAUCGCAGUGACUCUGUGGGAAGCAUGGACACGGCUACUCUCCUGAAGGACACUGAGGCUGUCAUGGCCUUUUUAGAGGCAAAGCUAAGAGAUGAAAACAAACUAGACCAGAAGAACAGUAAGAGUGCCAAACCAGCUCAAGGAUCAGGUCCAGGCCUCUCCACACGCACAGACUCUAUCUCUCCUGAGUCAGACAUAGACACAGCGAGUACAGCCAGUCAGGUCACAGGGGAGGCUGAUCGAAGGACAGGUUCUGGGGGUUUCCAAAAGCGCCGCUCUUUCAGCAGUAUGCACAGAGAGAAGAGCAACAUGAGCACCUCCUCUAAGACCAGCGUCACUAAUGCCAGUGCCAGAGACCGUCUAGAGAAAAAGGCGAAAACCAGACCCAUGGAUACAUCAACACGAAGGUCUGUUCAGCCAUCACCCGCCUCAAAAACUCGCCAACCUUCUUUGGACCUGACCGAUGAUGAUCAGACAUCUUCAUUCCCCAUCUCUGACAUUCUCUCCUCAGACCAAGAGACUUACUCUGGCCCUAGUUUUGGACAUUCAGCACAAAGACGUGGCCAUGCAGAAGACAAUGUCAGUAAAUUUGAUAGCAAAUCCAGUAAAAAUUCUAUUGGUAGUUCCUCAAGAGCAAAUCGCUGUGUGCCACCAGCCUCUACCUCCACUGUGAACAAGCAGGGCUCACUGCCUCAACCUCGGCCCACCAGAGCCUCCCUGCUCCGCCGUGCCCGGUUGGGGGACACCUCAGACACAGACCUGGCUGACGCAGACCGAGUAUCAGUGGCAUCAGAAGUAUCCACCACUAGCUCCACCUCCAAGCCCCCCUCGGGUCGGAAGGGACUGUCCCGGCUGGACUUGCUGGCACAGCCUCGAAGGACUCGCGUCGGCUCUAUCUCUGCCCGCAGCGAUUCAGAAUGUACAAUUGCCCGAAAUUGUGCCUCUUCCCCCCGAAUGACUAAUGAGACGGCUCUGCGCCUGGGAUUACGUUCAUCAACACCCACAGAAAAUAAGUUAACACCCAGAAUGAGAGCCAACAGUGUGUCCAAACUGAAUGAGACCAAGACUAAACCUAUUACAGCUGGCUACUGUUCGCCCACAGAAAGCUUUCAGCCCAGUCAUGAGGGCUGGACUGCAGAAGAGGAAGUGCUGGUGGCCAGUAGCAGUCGAUGGAGGCGGUUACCACCAGAGUAUGGCUCCACAUCAGAAGAAGAGUUUGGGUCCACCAGGACUUCCUCAAAACACGGAGGACGACCACACCUCCGCCCGCAUCACCUGGUGUCACAUCGCAGCUCAAAACUCGGCACAAGCCCAGUAUCCAGCAUGGUAACUGGGUCAAGUGGAGUAAUGAAACAUCGCAUGAAAGAGCAAGAAGAAUACAUCAAGGACUGGACCGCACACAGCGAAGAGAUCGCAAGGUUGUUCCCAUGUGUGCGCAGGAUCAGCCAAGACCUGGCCAAAGAUCUGGCCCUUUUAGCGCGUGAGAUCCAUGAUGUCGCGGGUGAGAUUGACUCGGUCAGUUCAUCUGGCACCGCCCCUAGCACCACAGUGAGCACCGCCGCCACCACCCCAGGAUCAGCCAUCGACACCAGGGAGGAGUUGGUGGACCGUGUGUUUGAUGAGAGUAUUAACUUCAGGAAGAUUCCUCCUGUCAUUUCAUCAAAUAAACCUCCAGAGAGUAAUGGGAAGCCGAUAGAGCUCCGCCCCCGCGCUCCCGACAGUCUAGAGCCGCGAGCUUUACGAAGACGCACCUGGAACCGAGAGGAUGCAAUAUUGGACAGUUUGCUCAUUACAUCAGUUUCUCAACUUUCCACCAAAAUCAGACAAUCUGUUGACAAAACAGCGGGAAAGAUCAGGAUAUUGUUCAGAGAUAAAGACAGAAAUUGGGAAGAAAUUGAGAGUAAAUUGAAGUCGGAAAGUGAAGUACCAGUUUUGAAAUCUUCAAACAAGGAGUUCUCUGCCAUUCUACAUGAACUUAAGAGAGUAGAGAAGCAGCUACAAGUCAUCAACGUGAUGGUAGAUCCAGACGGGACUCUCGAUGCUUUGACAAGUCUAGGAUUGACCAGUCCAACGACCCCCACCAAGCCACUGAGUGUCACAACACCCACUCUUUCCACCAUCAACCUGGGGUCUCAGCCGCCCGCCAAAGAAACCCUCCCAGAGAUCCUCCCUGGAGCAGGGACAAUGAACAGCUCCAGCAGAGUCACAAGCUCCUCUGCCAGCAGCCAGGACACGGUGCGGGACUCUGGUCUGAGUCUUGGCUUCACAGGGGUCGGGACAAUGCCAUUCACUCGCAUGCGGCCAAACGGAGAAGAGGCCAUAGCACAGAAGUAA